AUGUCUUCUCAAAACCACACUGUAGUGAUGGAAUUCAUUCUCUUGGGACUCACAGAUGAUCCAGUGCUAGAGAAGCUCCUGUUUGUGGUGUUUCUGGUGAUCUACCUAAUCACGCUGGCAGGGAAUCUGUGCAUGAUCGUGCUGAUCAGAACCAACUCCCACCUCCAAACUCCUAUGUAUUUCUUCCUUAGCCACCUCUCCUUUGUAGACAUUUGUUAUUCUUCCAAUGUUACUCCAAAUAUGCUUUACAAUUUCCUCUCAGACCAGAAGAUCAUCUCCUAUGCUGGAUGCUUCACACAGUGUCUUCUAUUCAUUGCCCUGGUGAUCACUGAGCUUUAUAUCCUUGCUUCAAUGGCUUUGGAUCGCUAUGUAGCCAUUUACAGCCCUUUACAUUACAGUACCAGAAUGUCCAAGAACCUUUGCGUCUCUCUAGUCACAGUCCCUUAUACUUUUGGCUUCCUUAAUGGACUCUCCCAGACACUGCUGACUUUUCACUUGUCUUUCUGUGGCUCCCUUGAAAUCAAUCAUUUCUACUGUGCUGACCCUCCACUUUUAUUGUUGGCCUGCUCUGACACCUAUGUCAAAAAGAUGGCACUGUUUGUAGUUGCUGGUUUUACUCUCUUAAGCUCCCUCUUCAUCAUUCUCCUGUCUUACAUUUUCAUCAUUGCAGCCAUCCUGAGGAUCCAUUCUGCUGAAGGCAGAUACAAAGCCUUUUCUACUUGUGGUUCCCACUUGACAACAGUGACCAUAUUUUAUGGGACCCUCUUCUGCAUGUACUUAAGACCCCCAUCUGAGAAGUCUGUAGAAGAGUCCAAAACAGUUGCAGUGUUUUAUACUUUUUUGAGCCCAAUGCUAAACCCAUUGAUCUACAGCCUAAGGAACAAGGAUGUGAUCCAGGCCAUCCAGCAAAUAAAGGGAAAUCUCUUUCAUAAAAUUGCAGUUUAG